AUGGGCCCAACUCUUGUCAUCCCAUUAAAUCAUAUCUUUUCCUUCCUCCAAGUCGACCCAGUUCCAUCAACAAGUCACCGCCAUGACAUCGUCAUUCACCCGCCAUCAUUUGGUGUUCCCUGGCCAACGACAUUCCCCGCUGCCCGUCAAUGCCGGUACUGGAAGCUUGCGAUCCUGGCUUGCGAGGAGCUCGUUCGGGACAUGCGGGCUCUACGAACCCAGACUAACAAACGGUUGCCGGACUGGUUCUCGCAAUCAAAUGCGGCUGAUCCAACCUCUAACCACAAGGAGCGUCUUCUCGUGGACACGUCUGUCAGUGCGGCCAUAUAUAUGGCUCCUAAUUCAGCCCCAGAGCGCAUUCAGAUCAUUGCCCAGCUGUUUCUCCUUCUCUGGACACAUGACGUAGUGGACAGCAUCAUGCAAGAUCUCCUUAGCCUGUCAAGGAAGGAAAAGCCAGGAGCGACCCUAGAAAUGGUUCCCUCGCUCACUUUUGGUUCUGAACUGCUGGAUGACUGCCAUGGUCUGCUGAGGGUUGUGUUGGCCCAUUUCUGUACCUGGGUUUGUUUCACUCGUGAGCAACAACGGACCAACUUUGGUGAUCUGCGAGAUUACCUUGACUAUCGAGCCUCUGAUAUAGCAGCGGACACAGUAUCCUCAUGUGUACGCUGGGGAAACCGUUUAGACCUGCAGACAGCAGAGCUAGCGAGUGUGCAGGAAGUAGUCAAUCUCGCGAUGGAUCAUAUCAUACUCGUUAAUGACUUGUUCUCCUUCAACAGGGAGAAGAAUGCAGCUGUGGAGGAGGGCGCCCUGUUUCUUAACGCAGUGCAUUACCUAGAGGGUGUGCUGGGGGUCCACUCACCGCUCGCCAAGGAUCUGACGAUGCAGCUGGUGUGGGAUUUUGAGUCAAAAGUCACAGCAAAGAUCAGACACCUGCGGCAGUGUGACCGGCAGUACAGUGCCCAGUGGCGUUAUCUAGACGCCAUGGUGGAGGCAGCAGCAGGGAAUCUGUUUUUCUCGCUGACUUCGGUGCGGUAUGGGGCCAAAAGACAUGAUUGA